GUUAAAUUACAUUAACCCUAAAUUUCUUUUUAAAAAAAAAUCUCAGUGAAUAAUACAUAUUUAAUUUUUUUUAUCUUUUUUUUUAAAAGGGCAUUUAUUAUUUUAAAAAUUAGGAUCGUCUCAUUGUACGCAGUGUGUAACAUCUAUCAUGCCCCCCUGCCCCUUCCCGAUUCUUUCUUCCAGUGGACGCAGAGCAAGCGGCUUCACUGGGGUCCGAGGGAGAGGAUGAGGUGGGCCUCUGGAGCCUGGAGCCCCAGGACUACCAGGAGAGCCCGGACAAGAUGAGCCGGACUCCCAGCGAGGGCACGGAGGAGCCCGGCAGCCCCGCCCUCUCUGCGCAGCCCCAAAGCCUCAGCCCCGGGAGCGGCGGAGGCGGCAGGAAAUUCUGGGCCCAGGUGGAGCCGGAAUCCGAGGCCACAGACGACGGAGGCGGCGGCGGCGGCGGCGUCGCCUCUGCCCCUGACAGGGAGGGGGAGCAGGGAUCACUGAGGAUGCGCUGUGGGAGCUCAGACUCCCAGAUUGACCUGGAGGACCUCGCCCACUACGAGUUCCUGGCCAAGCUGAGGAAGGCCUCGACCUCCGCCAGCCUCUUGGACCACUUCGGCCGCAACGGCACGGCCGCCGUGCGCCGUCUGGAGGGCGGCGGCGGCGGCGACGGCGGGACGCACGAGGAGCUGCCGCCCGCCAUGUGGUCCCCCGCAGUUCAGCACCACUCGCCUGAGGGAGCAGAUGCAAGGAGGAGGCUGCAGGCCUGUCCCUUCUGCCACAGGACCUACCAGCACGGAGCCAUGCUGAGGGACCACAUCAAAUACUGUCAGGAGAGGGACCGGGGCCACAUGGCGUGUCCCUUCUGUGCCCACACUGCCCCCCACAGGGCACAACUGGAGCAACACCUGGCACUUCACCACCAAGCGCAUGACAAGACCGCCAUCGCUUUGGAUCAGGGAGUGGAGACCCGCAAGUUCAAAUGUCUGCAGUGCGGGAAGGCCUUCAAGUACAAACACCACCUCAAGGAGCACCUCCGCAUCCACAGCGGAGAAAAACCGUACGAGUGUGCCAACUGCAAGAAACGUUUCUCUCACUCGGGUUCCUACAGCUCCCACCUGAGCAGCAAAAAGUGCCUCGGGAGCUCAGCAGGAACAAGCGCCGUGCUCAACGGACACGGUCAAAAUUCCUACCAGUACUCCUUUCCAGGAUCUCCGUCUUCAUGGCGAGAGAGGAUCAGCAAGGGCUCUCCUUUGGCGCCGCAAGUCCAAGACAGUAGCAGGCCCCUGGGCCACGGACCGGAGGAUCCUUCCCAGCAUUCAGUGCAGGAUUUCAGCUUCCGAACUUCAGAGCUGGCUUCCCUUUGCAACCCCUCAGCAGAGCUUUCUCUGAGAGCCAGCAUAUUGAAAGGGACCACCCUGCUGCCUUACAUCCAGUCUGGCUCCAAGUUUGAAAAAAUGCUGCAGGAGAUGCUCCACAGGGAGGUGAGGAAGUACGAGGACAUUGACAGGAACGGGGGUGGUCCCGACAGGAGGGUAUCGCCAGAGAGGAGGCCCCUGAGAGAGGAGUUGAGAGAGCGGGACAGAGGGGCUCUUGGCAUUACGUGUCACUGGUGCUCCCAGGUUUUCCCCAAUGUGGUGGUUUUCCAGCAACACGAGCGCUACCACUGUAAGAUGAACCGAGAAGCCAUGGAUGUGCCUGAGGGUCUUUACAACAAAGACCACCACUCGCCGCCUUUGUUCUUGUCGACGUCGGAGAUCAGCAAAACUAACGACGUAUCCAACGGAGCCUCUGAAAAUGGAUCCGCAGUGCAGAAGUGGCCCUCCGUACCUCAGCAGCUUCCGGGCACACUCCCUUCCCCUCACGACCACUUGGACUCCUCUGGCCAGGAAAAGGGCAGCCCCAGCCGUGUCUCGGAGUUGCCGUCCCCUCACACCAGAAGACGACUCCCAUCCUUGGGUUCUCCGACUGGCCUUGACCUCAGCUGCCAUCCCCAGGAACUCUCCUCGCCUCAUAACCACUCUCAGAACGAGCCUCUGGACCUUUCUGUGCGCAAGCAGAUGUCAGACCAAAGAAACGGCAAUGGGAGCGCCGCCAAACGGGAGAGGACAGAAGACCGGACCAAACAGCUGAGUCGGCAGAGUCCCAACCAGCUCUCGGAACAAACCUUACACCCUCACCCAAUCUUCAGAGCACAUGCCGCUCCUGUGUUUCCAGGCUCCGUAUACAACGGAUUCCCCUUCUUCAGCCAGUCUGCUUUGGGGUUUGCAGGGCAUGACGGCAUCGCACCUCUUCCUUUCAGCCCGUCGCCUGGAUUUCUUUCGCCCUUGGCUUACAUGGUGGAGGCUGAGUCUGAGGCGACGUUGAAGAAACUCCAUCAUGAGAGACAAGCACUCAUGGGGGAGGUGUUAAACCGCGGCGCUCUCGACUACCUCUCAAUGAUGGAUGAAGGCUUCGAGGGAGACGUUGGACCCGGACGCAAGAGGCUGAAAAAGACAGACGAGGGUCUGUAUGCUUGCGACAUCUGUGAAAAAACCUUCCAGAAAAGCAGCUCUUUGCUCAGACACAAAUAUGAACACACAGGAAAGCGUCCUUACGAAUGCAAAGUGUGCAACAAGGCGUUCAAGCACAAACACCACCUGAUCGAGCACAGCCGCCUCCACUCGGGGGAAAAACCGUACCAAUGUGACAAGUGCGGCAAGCGGUUCUCUCACUCGGGCUCGUACUCGCAACACAUGAACCACCGCUACGCUUACUGCAGCAGGGACCAGGACCACGACCAGGAGCACGACGACGUGCCUCCAGAGCCCGCCGCCUUGUCCGUAGAGGACACGCAGACGCCGCAGUCCAUCCUCAGCGACACCAGUCUGGACGGAGGCUCAGAAGUCCCCAAAGAGGACGAAGAAGACCGGGAAGGAAGAGCUGAGGAAGAGCCGGUGAACCAAGAAACUCAGAAAGACGAGAGUUGCACUGGAGGAAACGACUUCCGUGGGGCGGAGCUCUGGGAGUCCCACACGCAGGUCCAGAACGGAGACUUAGAUAAAUGUGAACUGAGCCUUGACGCAAGAGAUCUACCCCGGAUACAAACUUGAGAGAGUCUGAAUUGGCA